CUGAAAGAGAGGCUUCUUCACUAACAAUGAAUAUACUCGCUAGAAACAGGCAGACAAUGCCUUCAUUCACUAAUCCUUAACAUCUUUCUUGCACAGCCAAGUGAAGGAACCACACGCAUAUAAUUCCCUAUGACGCCUGUUACUCAUUUUCCUUUAUCUCAGCUAUUGGCUUUCUGUCUCAAUUCUUUGCAAACCCUCAACACCACCUCUCCUAUUUCCACCACACAACACAAUAACACCUACUAAGAAUGUCAUCACAAACACCUUAUCCCUCCCCAGGGACACCCCCAAACACCUCCUUCACAAUCGGCUGGAUCUGCCUCCGGUCCCUCGACACCCUCCCCUCCCGCGAAAUGCUCGACCAGACAUACGGACGAAACCCAAUAACACAACGACGCGACGACAAAAACGCCUACAACCUCGGCCGGAUAGGACGAAAUAACAUCGUCAUGGCCGUCCUCCCCGCCGACAAACCGGGCCGCAAACCCAGCAUGGCCAUGGCCGCGCAAAUCGCCGCAGACAUGAAAGCCACGUUCCCCAAUCUCAAGCACGGGGUGCUGGUUACGACGGGGAGUGGCAUUCCGUCGGAGCGUCAGGAUGUUAGGCUUGGUGAUGUUGUUGUUGGUACGCCGGACCGGAAUUUCAGGGGCGUGGUGCGGUUUGAGGAUGUUGGGGCCGAGGGUGUUGUGAAUCAGGUUAAAAUGGGGACGAGUACGCAAUAUUCAGGGCUGCUAGUCAACGUAUCGAAUCUGCUGGCCGCGGAUCGGAAAUUGGGCAAGGUGUGUAAGUUUCAUGAGAUUCUGCUGGCGCUGUUUCGGCAUUGGUAUCCGGAGAGAAAGGAAGAGCAUUUGUAUCAAGGCAGCUCCAAUGAUAGGCUCUUUGAUGCAGGCUAUAAACAUGUCGAUUCGAGAGACCAGAACUGCAUGGCUUGUGACCUUGGGACGAUUGCGUCUUCGGAUUACCCUGUUACAGACCCAGCAGUGCGCCAGAUUUUGGAGAUGAAAUUCGGCGCAAAGGCUAUACAGGUCGGGGAUAGGAACGAGCACUGGGAUAGGUAUGCAUCGGCUGCGGCGGCGGCGUAUGCACGAGAGCUCUUGCUUCCUCUUGGGCAGCUCCACUAGGAAUAUAUUAAGCUGGUAAAUAUCCUGGAUGAUAG